ACACAACCUUCGUUUCAUUUCCUUGCUUCAUCUCAUAGUCUCUGUUGCUGUCACAGUUCUGGCAACAGCCUCGGCACCUUCAAUGUCUUCUGCUCAAGGGGAAUUGAAAAAGAUCAGGAUUACAGUCGUCGCUGCCGAUGGCUUGUCCAAACGCGAUGUCUUCCGCCUUCCUGACCCCUUCGCUGUAAUCACUGUCGAUGCUGAGCAAACACACACGACUAGUGUCAUCAAGAAGACGUUGAAUCCCUACUGGAACGAAAGUUUUGAUAUUAUGGUCAAGGAGUCGUCUGUCGUUGCCGUCCAAAUCUUCGAUCAACGCAAGUUCAAGCGCCGGGACCAGGGGUUCUUGGGCGUUGUUAAUGUACGAGUCAGCGAUGUGUUGGACUUGGAACUUGGUGGACAUGAAAUGCUCCAGCUGGACCUCAAGAAGUCGAACGAUAAUCUGGUCGUUCACGGCAAACUCAUCAUUUACCUAUCUACGAACCUGAGCCAACCCGCCACCAACCCUCGCAGUCCGGGGGCUGCUGGCUCACUCUCCGCUGGCAUUGCUGGCCUUUCCAUGAACGAGUCCUCACUAUCAGUCAAUAACGCAGCAGCUGGCGGGUCAGGCGCGCUAUCACGCACUCCAAGUUCUCACGCCACCAAUCAAGAGCCCGUGAUCUCAAUGCCAACGCCCGUUCUAUCACAGGAACCCGAGCAUCCCCUGCAGAACACCGCGACCCGCCCAGUCAGUUCCGGAGGUCCACCGCCGCCUUCAAGCGCUGCUCAGCCAGGAAUGCGGCCUACAGCACCAGGCGUUGUAUCCCCUGGUCAGACGGUUGUCGCAAACAGCCAGGCCCAGCAUAAUUUCAACCCCAAUGAGGAUCAAUACGGCCCCUUGCCGCCUGGGUGGGAACGACGAAUAGAUCCUCUCGGUCGGACGUACUACGUCGACCACAACACCCGCACUACUACCUGGAAUAGGCCGUCGAACAGCCAAUCCGCAAACACCCAUACUCAGGAGGGCGAAACGAAUGCUGCCCGCGACCACAAUAACCGCCGUAUUCUUGCCGAUGAUCUGUUGGAGGCCAACAGUGGAGCGACCGUUGGGCGGAAUACAUCCACGACAGCACCUCCUCCAAACGCCGCGGCCGCGGCCGUCGCAGCCAGUACGAAUGCUACGACGCCAGGAAGUGGUAACCUGCCGGCUGGGUGGGAGGAAAGAUAUACGCCUGAGGGCCGGCCGUACUUUGUCGACCACAAUACGCGCACGACCACAUGGGUGGAUCCCCGUCGGCAGACCAUCAUCCGUGUGAUGGGGCCAAACGGCCAGAACACUGCCUUGCAGCCACAGACGAUCUCACAGCUAGGUCCCUUGCCAUCAGGAUGGGAGAUGCGUCUUACGUCAACUGCUCGUGUCUACUUCGUCGAUCACAACACGAAGACGACGACAUGGGACGAUCCCCGCUUGCCAUCUUCGCUCGAUGCGAACGUUCCCCAGUACAAGCGCGACUUCCGCCGGAAGCUCAUCUACUUCAGAAGUCAGCCGGCAAUGCGCGCACAGCCAGGUAAUUGCCAGAUCAAGGUCCGCCGUAACCACAUCUUCGAGGACAGUUACGCGGAAAUCAUGAGGCAAACGCCGAAUGAUUUGAAGAAGAGGCUUAUGAUCAAGUUUGACGGCGAGGAUGGUCUUGAUUAUGGAGGUCUUUCUCGAGAAUUUUUCUUCCUUCUUUCCCAUGAGAUGUUCAACCCGUUCUACUGUCUCUUCGAGUAUUCGGCACAUGACAACUACACCCUCCAGAUCAACCCAGCGUCAGGCGUCAACCCCGAGCAUCUGAACUAUUUCAAGUUUAUUGGGAGAUGCUUGGGAUUGGGUAUCUUCCAUCGUCGCUUCCUCGAUGCGUACUUCAUCGUCAGUUUCUACAAGAUGAUUCUGAAGAAGAAGGUCACGCUUGCGGACCUUGAGAGCGUAGAUGCAGAGCUUCACCGUGGUCUGACUUGGAUGCUGGACAAUGACAUCACCGACAUCAUCGAUGAGACGUUUACGACGACUGAGGAGCGGUUCGGCGAGAUGGUCACGAUCGAGCUGAAGCCGGGCGGUGGGGACGUUCCCGUGACACAGGAUAACAAGAAGGAAUACGUCGAGCACGUCGUCGAGUACCGUAUUUCCAAGCGCGUGAAGGAGCAGUUUGACGCGUUCAUGUCCGGCUUCAGCGAGUUGAUCCCGCAGGAUCUGGUGAAUGUGUUCGAUGAGCGCGAACUCGAGCUUCUCAUCGGCGGCAUGUCCGAGAUCGAUGUUGACGACUGGACCAAGUUUACGGAUUACCGCGGGUACGAGGUGAACGACGAGGUGAUCCAGUGGUUCUGGAAAUGCGUGCGCUCGUGGCCACCCGAGCGGAAGUCACGUCUGCUGCAGUUCGCGACGGGCACGUCUCGCAUUCCCGUCAACGGGUUCAAGGACCUCCAGGGCUCCGACGGCCCGCGCCGCUUCACGAUCGAGAAAGCGGGCGACCCCUCUCAGCUGCCCAAGAGCCACACGUGCUUCAACCGGAUCGAUCUGCCGCCGUACAAGGACUACGCGAGCUUGGAGCACAAGCUGACGUUGGCCGUAGAGGAGACCGUUGGGUUUGGCCAGGAGUAGACUACUCUUCCCUUGUCAGCCUUCCUCUUCUACGUUUCCAUUCUCUCCAUUUUUUUUAUGACUGUGUUUAUGUCUCCACCUACCAUUCUCCCAUACAAUCUUCCGUAUUGUCACUACGUUGUUGAUUAUGCCCACCCCGCCGCUGUAACAGUAGCACUUCUCCAUAGUCCACGGAUCGGACCGUAUCCCGACCUAUAUCUAACGCUACAUUCACGGUCC